CGAGAUACCGUCACUCUUCGCGCGUAUCCACUGCUUAUAAUCAACGUAAAUAGGUGCAAUUUUUCCACCACUUGUAAAUCUCGAAGCAUUUAAUAUCUAAUCGCGAUUAUUAUAAUGCCGAGAUGUGCGCGAUGUUCGGCGCGUGCUCGAUGAAACCUUUCGCGAUCGCGUCGAUUUUUUUCUUCGUGGACAGUAGUAACCCAGGGAAUUGUCAUCGUGACGGACAGAAGGCAAGACGACAAGUAGUGAACAUCGAACUGUCACGUAGUGAAAUUUUUGAAUGAGAUAGGAGUGUUAAUUGUUCGCGCGCGUUGUGCGAUAAUAUUUACAUUAUCCUGGUGGCAGAUUAAUAUCGCAAGGAAGACGUGAAGCACUGGAAGGGCCAUGCGCUCGGGUAGCUCUUCAUUUAACUUACUGACAUUGCUAUUGGAGCGGUUAAGUGGAAGAACUUACGUUUACAGACCGAUAGUAUGUACGUUUGCUUCGAUGGCAAACUAGCCGCAGAAGAACAGUUUUACGAGUAGUAGUUUUUGCCGAAGUUGCAAUUAUCCGGCAAUUUAAACCCUUUCCCAUCUGGGACAAAUCGACCUCUCUUAGUUCUUGGAAGUGCUGUAAUUUAGGGUCGGUCGUUUUUUUGCUCGCAACGCGACACGUACAUUAUCAGUAUGAGAACUGCUUCUGAUCCCGGUGAGACAUUCUACUUGUCUACGUUGCUUUUAAAUAUUUAUAUGAAAACAGGGGAGAUCUGUUAUGUUUUCAAUUUAGAUAUUUUUUAUAAUUUAUUUGAUUUAUAUAAUUUUCAUGUGUUGAUUACUGCAAGUUAUAUUCAUCUAUCAAAUUUCGCAUGUGUGUGAUUUGGAUAAACGUGAGUUAUACGAGGACCAUUGAACACUGAACAAUAUUUGUAAUAUUUCUAAUAUUUUUUUAAAGAAUGUCAAAUAUGUGUAUCCAUAUAAUUUCUACUAUACUUUAUUAAGUCUUCUCUUCAUUAUCGCUUCCUACAGUAUAAUAGAUGUACUCUACAUCCAUAAGAUCCUCGCUUAUCCUUACGCUUCUUUAUGCGAUUUGAUACCGCAGUUUUGCGCUUCUUUUAUCCGCCUGUCAAGAGUCUCGUUAAAAGAAAAGGAAACAUAAAUAAUUAUCCUAGGGAAACAUUUAAAUUAAGAAGUAGAAAUCGCAACGUGGAUCUUGCAAUAUAUCUUGUCGCAAAGAAGAGCGUUCUCUAUUUUUUCUAUUUUCAAGCGUCUCAGGAUCGAUAAUAGGAAAUGGUGUCUCUGAGUGACAUACGACCUCUUUUGCAUACCGCAAGACUGUUUGGAUGUGGACUUUUACUCGUUAAGGAGGACGAUAUUGUAAUAAUGAAAUACGGUGCUGUUUACUCGGCUCUGUUUGCAUUUUUGUAUGCCAGUCUCUGCAUCGCGAAUUUUUACAUGCUCCGCUGGGAUGACGUGCUUGGACCGAGGUUGCUGACGCUCACCGUGGUGAGGACAGGUCUUUCGUAUGCCUGCGUGUUCAGCGACAUCGCAAUGACGUUCUGGUAUAAUUGGAAGAUACGAGCUGCACUUUCAAAUUUACGCAUGUUUGAUCGAGCGACGAAAUACAACGAGCCAGAACAUCCCCACAGGAUACGCUACGUCUAUUGGGCAUUGACCUUCGUUAUUUUGUCGUUUUGGUCAAUUGUCGGGUAUAUAACGUUCUGUGUCGAGCCGAAAGACUCUGUAUUCAACGGUGUAACUUACGCAAUCGUUAACGCAACUUUGUCGAUGCAACUGAUGAUAUUUGUCAGUCUAUCAUCCCUCUUGUACGACAGAUUCCGUCGUCUUUGUGAAUUACUGCUGCUGCCUGAAGAUGGUAAAAUCAUGGUGGUGAACCGAUCGGGCAAGCAGUUUCGUUUGCAAGAAGUGUGGUGGUUGCACUCGUGCCUCACCAAUGCGACCGAGAUGAUAAACUCCGUGUAUGGGAUGCAACUUCUGCUGUGGAUAUCCAGUAUGUCCUUCAAUACACUUACACGCAUCUAUACGAUCAACGAUAAUGGCUCAAUCUCGCAUCCACUGUUGAUGGCGAGAGAGAUUUUACUGGUGUCUGCUUGCGUGACAAAUCUGCUAAUCAUUACCUUUAUCUGUCAUGUGACUGCAGACCAAGCUAAUCGUGUUGGCAAACUCGCGUUUACACCGUCGUCGGCCAUUCUUGCCAAGAGAAAUUUUACGCAGGUUAGCAAAAAUUUUGCUAAUUUAAUUUAAUUUAUAUAUAAAACAGUGACUAAAAUACAAAAAAUUUAAUAAAAUUUGUAUUGAUAUUUUCUCCUCAUCAGUUUUGCUCAAAACACACAGCUAACUUUUUCUAUUAAUAAUUAAAAUAAGUUAUUAUUAAAUAACUGCAGGAUUGCAGCGUGGAGGCUGUGACUUAUUUUCAAUUACGACAAGUGCAUUUCUUUGCCUCUUACGGAAUUAUACGCAUUGA